AUGGGGGCCAACUGUUGCGUUGCAUCAAGACACCAUGAUCUGGCACGAAGAAGAGACAGACAAAUUUCCACACACACAAGUGUGAGACGCUCUCCUUUGUGGAACUUUCAGUGGAACAGUCGGACACAUAUAGAAGACACGGAAGGCAACCUUGCAAGGAUUUCUCAUGGUAACAACAGGAGUGUUGAAUUCGAAACUAAGAGUAAUGUAGCAAUGGAAUCACACGGCCUUUCUGAGGCAAAUGAUUCCUUUUCUUCGCCCAACUGGCAAGAAUCCGCAACAAAUCCAGGAACAACUGUGAAUUCUGACGGAAGUAAAACAGGUUCCAAGUGCAUCAGCUCACUCAUUCACUCUUUAUUUUCAUAACUGUGGCACCUGAUACGCGAAAAUCAUUGCCUUUAUUAGCAGAAAGUUGAGGUUAUGUAUCUGGCUGAUACUUUUUUUUGGAGAAUACUAUUUUCGUUCUCUUGAAGGUGGAAAUUUUUAUUUUUUAUGUGAAAAGAAAUAUCAUCCUUAUCGUAAUGUGUUAUCCAUCUAAUUUCCUCAUGUUAUUCGUUAUUUAUUUUCUUAAUUUGCUCUUCAGUGCCUGGGGCGAUCAUUAAUCUUCUAACAUCGGUCAUUUACCCUACAACCUGGGUUCAAAACUCAUUGCUGUGACACAGUUCACAUAUAUCAUACCAGUAGACUGUCGUCCAGGUGCUGCGUUUAGGUACUCCCUCUCCGAAGGGGGAGGGCUGCUCUUAUCUGCAUAUAAAUUCUGAUCUAAUUAGCACCAAUCUAAUACGGUGUUUUCUACUUUCAUUCAAGAAACUACCUGUGUAAUUAUCCUCGGAGAUGAUUGCUAAGAUCCAUGUCUUAAAAUUUGUUGAUUUUUGUUGACUACGCGACUGAAGAUGUGAUAUCCUUGUCUGUAGCAUUAUUAAUGCAGGAAACUGAUUCAUUCCAAAUAUUCGGUAACCAUAAAAGGAAAUAGAAAUAUGCUUCCAGCAACCACUAGAACCAGAAGUGGAUGGAUUUUCUCCCCUGCGUUUCGAUAAUCUUUCUGUGUUGAAUUUUUUUCUACCUUUAUGUGUAUUUUCCCUAGUUUAUAUGCCAUCGAACAUUCUGAUUAUUCCAGUCAUAGUUUUAUUAUCUAAGUUUGUUUCCUAUCAUUUUGAUUGUUUUACACGUGCAGCUUCUAAUCUUCUUCUACCCACAAUGGAUCUACCUGUCGGAGGCAGUUCAUGGUCAGAGGUGAGCAAGAACCUGUCGCAGGCCUCUUGUGAAGGAGCCUCCUUUCCGUGAAUUCCAUUUCAUGUCCUGUUCGAGCAAAGCUUCUUCGUGUGAUUCGUCUCCUCCUUCGUGAAAACUUGCACAGGGAAAACCCCCCAUGAAAUCAUCAUCGACCAAAAGUCAACGACACUCGAAAUAUCCGCCGCCUACAACCACCCCAUCCUGGUCAACCUUCAAAGGAGAGUCUUCCUCCUCUCGUAGCUCCUCACUUCCAGUUGAACGGACCUUCUCCCUGAAGCCACAGCAGUCCCCUGGCUACAACAGCUUCUCAAGGCAAAUCUCUGACAGUCAUCUCGCGGUAUGGAGAUCCCGGAACGAAGAUCAUUCACCCGGAGGAAGCCUAUCAUUUUUUCUCCCCGACCUUCCUGCCGGCGACUCUCAUGGUGGGUCUUCCGACGCCUGGUCAACGCGUCUCUUCUCAGAGCUCGUCGCUUCAUCACAAAGAGAAAGGUGGUCGUUUGAUUCAGAGAGCGCCAAUUCCUAUUAUGACAACAUUACCAGGUCCAUCAUCAAGCCAGCUACUCCUCCCCAUCGGCCGGAGUCGCAACCAUGCGGAAUCUGUUCAAAGUCAAUGAAAGAGAGAUCUCCCUGGAGCAGCCAGAAGAUGGUCUCCGACAGUGGGCUCUCGGUGGUCGCCGUUCUGGUCUGCGGGCACGUCUUCCAUGCAGACUGUUUGGACAGGUUGACGGCUGAAUCGGAUCGAUUCGACCCGUCUUGUCCGACCUGCACCAGCGCUGAGAAACCUGCCCAAAAAUUGCUGCUGAGAGGGAAAUCCGAGGCCAGAGGAAGGAGCAAGAUCUCGAGGAGCGCGGUGGCCGACGUUGACCUCGAGAGGGUCCAAGUCAAAGGCCGGUGGAGGAGUGCGGCGGAGGACGAGGAGGAGAAGGGGAAGGGCCCCACGCUGGGGAGGACGAUCUCCAGCUUCAAGAGCCUCGGAAGGCCAUUCCUGAGGCGGCACUCUUCCAUGGAUUCCAGGCCACCGGCGAAGUCAACGUCUCAGACCGAGCCAAAGAGGAAGACUUUCUGGGGGAAGACACGAGAAGGAAUGAAUUGA